UCACUAUUGUCCCAGUGAAACACGUGUUUGGCCAACAUUUGUUCCGCGGUUGAGAACACCUCGAUGACGUCACACAGUAGGACGAACGAAACAAGUUGGCGUCUGACGGAGAAUACGUUGUUUUGGUUAUUAUGGUUUCUUGGUCUUAAUUACAACGUACAUGUGCACAUGUGUGUCGUUUAACAGAGUAAACGUCGUUAUUAAUUGUUUGUAUGUGGAUACAUUAGUAUGUGUGCACUUUGACGUGCGAGCCGAGCCUGCUGGUUAGCUUAGCUUGUUAGCUGCUAACAAAGAGAGGCGGAAGUGAUCGACACAUCAAAGCAGAGAUCCAAUACGUCUGUGAAGAACAUCUUCACCCUGAGCAACAGAAGUGGAGCUUCAUGAUGCGAACAGAGGAGCCACAGCCCUCCCAGAUUAAGAAAGAAGAGGUAUACCCACUGAUCCCCCUUGUUAAAAAGGAAGAGGAGGACCAACUGACACCGCAUUUUAAAGAGGAAGAGGAGGAACACAGCAUCAGUCAGCAGGGAGAGCAUCUUGAAGGGCUGGAGGAGGUUGAUGUCACCAAGAUGCCAGUGGCUGGUGUCCCUGUGAAGAGUGAAGAUGAUGAAGUCAAAGGUGAAAGUGAGGAGAGGGGAGGGGGGGAGCCUCCAAGCUGCAGCUCAACACAACACAUGACAACAGAAGCUGAUGGAGACCACUGUGGAGGAUCACAAGCAGACAAGCUCUUAGCUCCACUAUCAGAUAGUGAGGACACAACGUCACACUCUCCUGACACUGAUGAUGAAGACUCUAAAGAUGAUAAGACAUGUCACACUGACAACACUCACCUCACAUGUUCUCACUGUGACAAAACCUUUAAAUACCAUUGUCGUCUGAAAGUACACAUGAGAACACACACUGGAGAAAGACCUUUUUCAUGUUCAAUCUGUGGUAAAGAUUUUGUUCGAAGGCACCAUUUCAAAGCACACAUGAGAAUACACACCGGAGAAAAAACCUUUAUGUGCUCAAUUUGCGGUAAAAAAUACACCGAACAAAAGUAUUUGGAAAGACACACAAGAAUACACACUGGUGAAAAACCUUUUAUCUGUUCAGAAUGUGGUAAAGGGUUUUCACAAAGUGUCUAUUUGAAAGCACACAUGAGCAAACACACUGGAGAAAAAGUUUUGUCGUGUUUAGUCCGUCAUAAAGGUUUUAUACAACGUGGUGAGUUGAAAAGGCACAUGAGAACACAUACUGGUGAAAAACCUUAUACUUGUUCAGUAUGUUGUAAAAGUUUUAUACAAAGUUCGCAUUUGAAAGUACACAUGAUAACACACACAGGUGAGAAAGUGUGGAGUUGCAGUGUGUGUGGUGAAAGAUUCUUUUAUAAGAAGCAGUGUAAGAAACACAAGUGUAGUGAGAACAGCAGCAGCACAUGAAGAUGCAGGAUUUGAAAAAAAAAAACGUCAAUACUUUUAACAACAUCAGCACAUAGAUUCUAACAUUUAUAGAUUAGAUAUAGAUGUUCGCUUUUUUCAGUCAAGUACAUGUUUUAAUAUGCAUUGUGUACUUUUAUUUAAAAAUGAACACAACACUUUGACUGUAAAGGUGAGAAAAAAAGGACAAAACAUGUUACAAAUACUUUUUAUGUGUAUAGCGAUAUUAAGAAAUCAUCUUUAAUUAUUAAUGAUGUUAUACAAACCCCGUUUCCAUAUGAGUUUGGAAAUUGUGUUAGAUGUGAAUAUAAACGAAAUACAUACAUCCAUCCAUUUCCUACCGCUUAUUCCAUUUUGGGGGGUCACGGGGGGCGCUGGCGCCUAUCUCAGCUACAAUCGGGCGGAAGGUGUGGUACACCCUGGACAAGUCGCCACCUCAUGGCAGGGCCAACACAGAUAGACAACGUUCACACUCACAUUCACACACUAUGGCCAAUUUAGUGUUGCCAAUCAACUUAUCCCCAGGUGCAUGUCUUUGGAGGGAACCCACACAUUCACGGGGAGAACAUGCAAACUCCACACAGAAAGAUCCCUUCCUGGGAUUAAACUCAGGACUGUAGGACCUUCGUAUUGUGAGGCAGGCACACUAACCCCUAUGCCACCGUGAAGCCCUAAACGAAAUACAAUGAUUUGCAAAUCAUUUUCAACCCAUAUUCAGUUGCAUAUGCUACAAAGACAACAUAUUUGAUGUUCGAACUGAUAAUAGUUUGUUUUUUUUCAAAUAAUUUUUAACUUAGAAUUUGAUGCCAGCAACACAUGACAAAGUAGUUGUGAAAGGUGGCAAUACUGAUAAAGUCGAGGAAUGCUCAUGAAACACUUAUUUGGAACAUCCCACAGGUGUGCAGGCUGAUUGGGAACAGGUGGGUGACAUGAUUGGGUAUAAAAACAGCUUCCCAAAAAAUGCUCAGUCUUUCACAAGAAAGGAUGGGGUGAGGUACACCCCUUUGUCCACAACUGCGUGAGCAAAUAGUCAAACAGUUUAAGAACAACAUUUGUCAAAGUCAAAUUGCAAGAAAUUUAGGGAUUUCAACAUCUACGGUCCAUAAUAUCAUCAAAAGGUUCAGAGAAUCUGGAGAAAUCACUCCACAUAAGCGGCAUGGCCGGAAACCAUCAUUGAAUGACCGUGACCUUCAAUCCCUCAGACCGCACUGUAUCAAAAACCGACAUUAAUCUCUAAAGGAUAUCACCACAUGGGCUCAGGGACACUUCAGAAAACCACUGUCACUAAAUACAGUGUGUCGCUACAUCUGUAAGUGUAAGUUAAAGCUCUACUAUGCAAAGCAAAAGCCAUUUCUCAACAACAUCCAGAAACGCCGCUGGCUUCUCUGGGCCCGAGAUAAUCUAAGAUUGACUGAUGCAAAGGGGAAAAGUGUUCUGUGGUGUGACAAGUCCACAUUUCAAAUUGUUUUUGGAAAUAUUCGACAUCGUGUCAUCCGGAACAAAGGGGAAGCGAAACAUCCAGACUGUUAUCGACGCAAUGUUCAAAAGCCAGCACUUACUGUCACUUAAACAUCUUUGAAGGCACCAAUAAUGCUGAAAGGUACAUUCAGGUUUUGGAACAUAUGCUGCCAUCUAAGCGCUGUCAUUUUCACAGACGCCCCUGCUUAUUUCAGCAAGACAAUGCCAAGCCACAUUCAGCAUGUGUUACAACAGCGCGGCUUCGUAAAGAAAAGAGUGCGGGUACUUUCCUGGCCCGCCUGCAGUACAAACCUGUCUCCCAUCGAAAAUGUGUGGCGCAUUGUGAAGCGUAAAAUACGACAGCGGAGACCCGGACUGUUGAACGACUGAAGCUCUACAUAAAACAAGAAUGGGAAAGAAUUCCACUUUCAAAGCUUCAACAAUUAGUUUCCUCAGUUCCCAAACGUUUAUUGAGUGUUGUUAAAAGAAAAUGUGAUGUAACACAGUGGUGAACAUGCCCUUUCCUAACUACUUUGGCACGUGUUGCAGCCAUGAAACUCGUAAGUUUAUUAUUUGAAAAAAAAAUCAAUUUAUGAGUUUGAACAUCAAAUAUGUUGUCUUUGUAGUGCAUUCAACUGAAUAUGGGUUGAAAAGGAUUUGCAAAUCAUUAUGUUCCGUUUAUAUUUACAUCUAACAAUUUCCCAACUCAUAUGGAAACAGGGUUUGUAGAUGAACUCCUUUAUAUGAUGUACAUAUUUGUUUUACAUGUGUUCACACCUUUGCUUUUGAGUACUCAUAAAUCCCUCUUAGUUCAUGUUUACUGGUGCACAUCUGAAACAUAUUCUGGACCACUUCUGGAAGCAUAUUAUAAUGUACUUCGUACAUCAUUUGAGCAGAUGUCUUUUAUACAAAUGUGUGACUUUAGCAAUCAUCUGUUGGGUCAUCUCACAGAGCUUUACUGUACAUCCAUCCAUUUAUUUACAACUUGUCACUUUCAUUUUAAAUAUGUAUAGCCUUUAAUCCCAAACUUGUCCACCAAAGGGUGUUGCAUUUUGGAGAAACUCCUUCUGUCAGGGUGCUGUUCAACAAAGUAGAGGAACCCAAAGAUGCGCAGGACGCUGAGUAAAACGCUUCUUUUACUGCGGAAAUCUACUCACAAAAACAAUCCAAACAGGAGGUAACCAAAAGUGAUGGUGCGUAAAAUAGAAGACAAAAUAUGCAUCGUGAAAAAAAGAACCAAAGCUACUGAUAUACACAAACUUAACUUAGUUUGGAGAUACAAGACGUGCACACCUCCUCUCUGAGCUGCAACCUUAUCGUGGUAGAGGAGUUUGCGUGUCCCAAUGAUCCUAGGAGCUAUGUUGUCCGGGGGCAUAAAGCCCCCUGGUAGGGUCUUCCAAGGCAAACAGGUUCUAGGUGAGGGAUCAGACAAAGAGCAGCUCGAAGACAUUUAUGAAGAAGAAAAAUCAUGGACCCAGAUUUCCCUCGCCCGGACACGGGUCACCGGGGCCCCCCUCUGGAGCCAAGCCCGGAGGUGGGGCAUGAUGGCGAGCGCCUGGUGGCCGGGCCUGUUCCCAUGGGGCCCGGCCGGGCACAGCCCGAAGAGGCAACGUGGGUCACCCCUCCAAUGGGCUCACCACCCAUAGCAGGGGCCAUAGAGGUCGGGUGCAUUGUGAGCUGGGCGACAGCCGAAGGCAGGGCACUUGGCGGUCCGAUCCUCGGCUACAGAAGCUAGCUCUUGGGACGUGGAACGUCGCGUCACUGGGGGGGGAAAGAGCCUGAGCUAGUGCGCGAAGUCGAGAAAUUCCGGCUGGAUAUAGUCUGACUCACUUCGACGCAGAGCAAGGUCUCUGGAACCACUUCUCUCGAGAGGGAUUGGACCCUCUUCCACUCUGGCGUUGCCGGCAGUGAGAGGCGACGGGCUGGGGUGGCAAUUCUUGUUUCCCCCCGGCUCAAAGCCUGUACGUUGGAGUUCAACCCGGUGGACGAAAGGGUAGCCUCCCUCCGCCUUCGGAUGGGGGGACGGGUCCUGACUGUUGUUUGUGCUUAUGCAC